GAGCCCCGGCUGGCAGGUGAAAAGCAACGCUUGAACCACGUGAAUGGGAGCAAAUUGAACAUUUUGUGCUUUUUAUUUUUACUGCUCUGCACUUUUGAGCUAUACAACGACGAUGUCAUCUGUCGUGUGGAAAAAUCUGCAGUUGUUUGACCUCGCAGAAGAGGAAAAGAAAGAGGAGAAAAAGGGCAAGAAGUGUGGUGGAAAAAGGGAGCUGCAGAUCGGUGCUGAACGACGAGGCGUCAAGAAAAGCAAGAGGAAGGCCAAAGACGAGCAAUUCCAGCAAAGGUCAACUAUCUUGGGAGCAAAAGGACUACUUUUGCCUUUCCUGAAGCACUCGGGGCCCAAACUAGAAGAAGAAAGCGAAGAGCAGAUCGUUGAAGAAAACCUGAAGCGAUUGCUCAGCUUGAGCCAAAUCUCUGCCAUCGAUCUCAAAUGCGCUGAAAAGAUUCUGGAGAGAACGAACAGGAGGGGAGCUCGACGCACAUUUGAGCCCAAGAAAAACACGAACACUGUAUUCACCGAAGCUGACUUUGCCAAGUUUGAGAAGAACUACGUUGCUGACGACUGAUUGUGAGACAGCCGAUCCUUGCUUGCUUGCUUGUCGCGCGCGUCCGGUUAGGCUAUCCUCUAGCCUGCUUCACUCUACUCUUUGGCGCCGAUUGCUGUUCCACGUCAUGAACUUUUCACGGAGCUCUCUGUUAAGUUCGCGUUGGCCUUGCCCCACUUUCCAUCCCAUCCAAUCUACAAGUUUACAGUUCAACCCCUGAAAUUCUUUCUUGAUUUCAUCCUUACCUUCAUAGAACCAAAAGCCUGAUUUUAAAAUUAGGUUUGUAAAAAUGUAACCGUUUUAAGCUAAAACAAUUAUUGCAUCUCAAAUUCGUUUGUAUUAAAAAAUGUAAUAUUUUUAGAUUA